AUGGCCAUCUUGACCACCGAUCAGCCUCCUCAGCCUCAGCCCAUCGACAUCGAAGCUUGGACUGUUGAGACUGCAACUGCAGCUAUCAGCCAGGUCACCAUCACCACCCCUGGCGAUAUCCCAGGCGCUACUGUGAACCUCCAGAUCCCACUCGAUGACGUCUCGACUUCAGCUUCCUCUGGGGAACGCCCGACCUCUACCGCGGCAGCAAAGGAGGGCGGCUACUACAAGCGCAAGGAACCUAUCCGCCGCGACAGCUUGAAGAGGCGUGAGGCCCUACUCAAAGGGAAGGAGGGCAGCCGCAGAAGGUUGAGAUGGGAGAACGACCGUCUCCUGAACAACCCCUACGCCGAGCCCCCUCAGCCCAAAGAUUGGGAAGUCCACCCCACCCACCCCGUUCAUAAUGUCCCAUACUACCUCGCCCCUCUCUGGGACGCCGGUCUCUCCCGCCAAGAAACCGAGCGCAAGAACACUGCCGCGAAAGCCAAGGCAUCGACCAGAACUGUAGCACACAAGCCUACCACGCCUGGCGUGAUCCCCAAGGAGCUGCGCGAGAAGAUGAAGCGCUCUCGCGGCGCAAAGGGCCUGCUUAUGGACCUCGAGGCUGAGGUGCGCAAGUUUGUGGAGGAGUGGGAGAUUAAAGAGCGCAGGGCUGCAGACGACGGACUGCCGGCUGAUCCUGAUAGUUCGGACGAUGAGAUCGUCUUCGUUGGGCGGAACGGCAAGAUGAGCGAUCUCAGAAGCCCGAUUGAGGAGACUCGGAUCAAGCGCGAACUCAUGCUGUUCGAGACACCGGAGGACGACCAGGGCGGCAACUUUGGGCGGUGGCUGGUACACCAUAUUGGUGUGUACUACGGCUUGAAGACAUGGUCGGUUACGGUGGGGGAUCCUGCAAGGAGGGAGGCAUAUGUCGGGCUGAAAGAUUUCAAGAUGCGAACAGGUAGGAAGAUUGUUGGUGGACCGCUGCCACGUCCGCUGUGGGGACUGGUCUAA